AUGCCUUCCUGUACUUGGUGCAAGAAGAGCAAAGACGCCGAAGACCAGAUGCGCAGAUGUUGUGAGGGAACCUACUACUGUAACCGAAAAUGCGAGCGUGCCAACUUUCGAGCUCAUAAACUCUCCUGUCCUAAGCAUAAUCCUGAAUCCGAACAGACGAAGCAGAACGGAUCUGAGUCCCAACAGAUAGAGCCCGAUGAGAGUCAUUCGCCGCCUCCCAAACCCUUGACGAAGCAUAUCAGUAACCCCUUUCAUCGCUUCAAACGAGGCGACUACCUCCAGGGCCGCCCUGACACAGACGUCUACCGUCUUCUCACCCACGCAUACCUCCUUCGAGAGGCAGACAACAGAGCCUAUAAUGGCAAUUCCACCGACGGCAGCCAAUUAGACUUCGAAGUUGAAAGGUUUCGCAGAUUCCUCAACAAAGCCAAGGAGAUCCCACGCAUGCUCCCACCCUGGUGGAGUGACAAGAAGCAGGCAGAGUGUGAAGCGCAACGAGGGGGUUCGCUAGCUUACACAGUGCUCCCUGAUGAUAUCCAAAGGCAGUAUGGGGAGCCAUUCAUGGACAUUCAGCUGCGUCUGCUUGCUGAGUCUAUCUAUGGCACUGGAAUCGGGGGCAACGAACAUUGUAUCCUGACAGAGGAACUCAUGAAGAUUCCUGAUGGCUGCACCAGCUACCAAAUUGGACGGAUAAUGAAGGCAAGAUUCAACGAGGAGCCCACAGAGAACCUUAUUGCUACGCUCAGUGCUAUUAUUUUGGUGGUUUACAUUGAGGAAGCUCGUGUCGGCGAAUAG